AUGCGUCCUGGUUCCGGCAACGAGUACUCUAACUCGGAGUCCAGUAUUACGUGGGAAGUUCAAAGAUUUGACGGCUGGUACAACAACUUAGCGUACCACAGCCGAGGAGCUGCAGGAGCGUCUCUCAUGCGACUGCUGCCUGCACGCUACUCUGAUGGAGUUUACGAGCCAAUCAAAACGCUGCCGAACCCGCGUGAAGUGAGUAGUGUUGUCUCGAGCGGGCAACCCGGACUUCUCUCCAAAAGGAACCAGACGGUCUUGUCGGUGUUCUUCGGUUAUCAUGCCGUGCUUGAGGUCUCGGAGACCAGAAGGCCUGGAUGUCCACCUGAAUUCAUGGAUAUCCCAAUCCCAAAGGGAGACGCAAUAUUUGACCCUGACAAUACCAGUCAGGUUCUGUUGCCUUUUCAGAGAGCACACUGGGACCAUAAAAGCGGGAAGAGUCCGAACCAUCCCAGGACACAGGUAAACGAUGUGACAGCCUGGAUAGAUGGCAGUUCUAUCUACGGACCAUCUAGUUCCUGGAGUGACGCCCUGAGGAGUUUUUCUGACGGGCUUCUGGUCUCGGACUCAGGCAUGCCAAUGCGUAGCGGUAACGACUACCUUAUGUGGAGUGCUCCCAAUCCUUCCACUGGGCAAACUGGUCCCCAUGGUCUAUAUGAGUUGGGGAAUGCCUGGGCUAAUGAAAAUGUCCUGACACUUGUUGAGGGGAUCGUGUGGUUUCGGUAUCAUAACGUCCUAGCAUUGCAGCUGCGGGAGGAGCAUCCGGCCUGGUCAGAUGAAGAGUUAUUCCAAACAGCCCGAAAGUGGGUCAUUGCCACACUCCAGAAUAUUGCGUUCUAUGAAUGGUUGCCAGCGUAUCUCGGAGUCUCAGUACCUCCAUAUCCAGGUUAUCAGAAAUAUGUGGAUCCUGGGGUCUCUCCUGAGUUUCAGGCUGCUGCCAGCUUUUGGAUGUCUAUGGCUCCCCCUGGUGUCUAUAUGAGAAACAGGACCUGUCACUAUCGGAGCGUUGUUAAUAUUGAUGAAAGCACAUCUCCAGCCCUGCGAUUAUGCAACAACUUCUGGAGCAGAGAGAAUCCCAACCUGAUAUCAGGUGAUGAUGUGGAUGACCUCAUCAUGGGCAUGGUCUCUCAGAUCGCUGAGAGAGAGGACAGAAUCAUCGUGGAGGACCUAAGAGAUUACAUGUACGGUCCAUUACGGUUCUCCCGGUCUGAUGCGGUCGCUUUGACCAUUCAGAGAGGCAGGGAUGCUGGGCUGCCAAGCUAUAACCAGGUCAGAAAAGCACUGAACCUUUCAGCUGUAGAGGCCUGGGCAGACAUCAACCGUGAACUCAACCAGACUGACCCAAAGUUGUUUAUGGACCUGGCUGAGCUCUAUGAGAAUGAUAUCUCCAGGCUGGAACUGUUUCCUGGUGGUCUGCUGGAGUCAGCAGACGGACCUGGUCCUGUUUUCUCCUCUAUUAUCUUAGACCAGUUUGAGCGCAUCAGGAAUGCAGACCGCUUCUGGUUUGAGAACAAGCAAAAUGGUUUGUUCACUGAAGAGGAGAUCAAGACCAUAAGAAAGACAAAGUUCCACGAUGUCCUGCUCUCUGUCACCAGUGCGCAGGAGGGAGACAUUCAAGAGAAUGUGUUCUACUGGAUGGACGGUGACCCUUGCCCUCAACCUAAACCAAUCAAUGCCUCAGAUCUUCACCCUUGCACCAAAGCCACAACGCACCGUUACUUUGGGUCUGACAGCCAAGCUGGUUUUGGUGUCACGGUGGUUGUCCUUUGCUGCUUUCCUCUUGUAAGCUAUGUUGUGGCUUCUGUUGUGGCCUACAUGCGUUCAUACAACUUCAGAAGGUUUCAGAAAAAGGUCAAAACUUCAAGUAAACAUGAACAGCCCACAAUUGGAAUCACUGCCUGUGAAUGGCAGGGGCCUAAUGAACCUCCUCGAGAAAUCAGUCUAGUAAUGGACAACAAUAAGAAGCUGCAGAUCUUUAACCACAGUAACUCUCCAGUGCGCUCACUCAAUUUGGAUACUCAGGACUACUUGGAUGUCAUGCUGUCCAGUGAUCGCCAGCAAAAUGCACUGCUGCUCAAACUCCCAAAAGAGUAUGACCUGGUUUUGUUUUUUGAAGAUGAAGGCAGGAGGUCACAGUUUGUAGGACACCUGCAGUCAAAGUUGGAAGACAGUUCCCUAGGCCUGACAGUGAAGAACAUGACAGAGAAGGAGCUGCUGAAAGAGGCAGUGACCAGAGAGCAGAGGGCUCAAAUACUGGACACUUUCUUCAGACAUGCUUUUGCUCAGAUCCUGGAUAUUGAGAGAAGUGACACAGGAUACCUGAGGAAUGAAUCCAGUCGGAAGACCAGGGAGGCUCUUCAGUGUGAACUCACAGGAGCGGAGUUUGCCGACGCACUCGGUCUAAAACCUGACUCACUGUUUGUGGAGUCCAUGUUUGCACUGGCAGACAAGGAUGGCAAUGGAUACCUAUCCUUCCAGGAGUUUCUUGAUGUCUUUGUUGUCUUCAUGAAAGGCACGCCUGAGGAGAAGACUAAACUUCUGUUUUCAAUGCAUGAUAUCAGAGGAGAUGGCUUCCUGUCCAAGGAAGAGUUCUCCACCUUACUCAGGUCUUUCAUCGAGAUCUCCAGUGGCUGUCUGUCUGCGAGCCAGGUGGAUGCAGCCAUUCAGGCUAUGAUUCAUGCGGCGGGGUUUGAUGCUAAAGAACAGAUAACCUGGCAGGAUUUUCACCUCCUGCUCAGCGACCAUGAGAAUGAGCUGCAGUUCGCACAGCUUAACAUCAAAGGCAUGGAGAAGGAGGGUAAAAACAGGCUGAAAAGGCAACACAAAGUCUCUUUUCUCAAUCCAGCAAGGAAAAGUUCGCCAUCUUAUCACGCCAGUACUCCCGUCUCAAAUGGAAUCGAGGGGCAGGAGCUACGCAAAAGGUUGGGUGUGAAAUCAGCUCAGUCCAGUCCCAGUGUGUAUGUGAAGCCACAGAGAAAACAUUACAACAGAAAUCCCAUCAGGCAGAGGAUUCAGCAGUUUAAGCGUUUUGUGGAGAAUUACCGACGUCAUAUAGUCAGCCUGAUCAUCGUCUAUGGGAUCACAGCAGGUGUUACACUGGAGAGAUGUUACUACUAUGGUUUGCAGGCUCUGCAUUCCGGAAUCCCAGAGACUACGGCCGUGGGGAUCGUUGUAUCCCGGGGAUCUGCGGCUGCCGUCUCUUUCCUGUUUCCGUUCAUGCUGCUGACGGUGUGCCGGAACCUGAUCACACUGUGCCGGGAGACGUUCCUCAACCGAUACAUCCCGUUUGACGCCGCCGUCGACCUCCACCGCUGCAUGGCCAUGACGGCAAUCGUCCUCACAGUGGUUCACACUUUGGGACAUGUGGUCAAUGUUUACAUUCUCUGUAUUAGUGACCUAAGCAUCCUGGCCUGCUUGUUCCCGAGAGUUUUCUCAAAUAAUGGAUCAGAGCUUCCACCAAGAUGGACCUUCUGGUUCUUUCAGACGGUUCCAGGUAUCACAGGGGUCCUGCUCCUGCUGAUUCUAGCCUUCAUGUAUGUGUUUGCGGCUCACCAUUUCAGACGAGUCAGUUUUCAGGGAUUCUGGAUCACACACUACUUCUAUGUCAUGGUUUACAUACUGACUGUGAUCCAUGGUAGCUAUGCUCUGAUCCAGGAGCCGCGCUUUUACAUAUACCUGAUCCCUCCCGCCCUGCUCUUCCUCUUUGACAAACUCAUCAGUCUCAACAGGAAGAAGGUGGAGAUUCCUGUCGUGAAGGCAGAGCUGCUGCCCUCAGGUGUUACGUAUCUGGAGUUUAAGCGUCCACAGGGGUUUGUGUACCGCUCAGGGCAGUGGGUGCGCGUGGCAUGUCUGGCUCUGGGCACAGACGAGUACCAUCCCUUCACUCUUACGUCUGCACCCCAUGAAGAAAACCUCAGCCUGCACAUCCGCGCUGUCGGCCCUUGGACCAGCAAACUCCGCGAGGUUUACGCUCCAAAUAACUUUGAGGGUGCUUACCCAAAGUUGUACAUGGAUGGGCCCUUUGGAGAAGGACACCAGGAAUGGACAGACUUUGAGGUGUCUGUUCUCGUUGGCGGGGGUAUAGGAGUCACACCAUUCGCCUCUAUUCUAAAGGAUUUGGUGUUUAAAUCUUCAGUCAAGUUCAAGGUUCAAUGCAAAAAGAUCUAUUUUAUCUGGGUGACACGGACCCAGCGCCAGUUUGAGUGGGUGUCUGACAUAAUUAGAGAGGUGGAGGAGAUGGAUGCUCAGGACUUGGUCUCUGUGCAUACCUACAUCACCCAGCUACCCGAGAAGUUUGACCUUCGCACCACCAUGUUGUAUGUUUGCGAACGUCACUUCCAGAAGGUUUGGAACAGAAGCCUGUUCACUGGCCUCCGUUCUAUCACUCACUUUGGCCGUCCUCCCUUUCUCUCCUUCUUCAGUUCCUUACAAGACGUGCACCCUGAGGUGGGGAGGAUAGGAGUGUUCAGCUGUGGUCCUCCAGGCUUGACGAAGAACGUGGAGAAAGCCUGCCAACAGAUCAACAAACGGGAUCACACCCACUUCAUCCACCACUACGAGAACUUCUAA